AUGACGGCAGUUCGUCUGGUUGGCCCCAUCAUGGCAGACCCUAUUGUCAGUCCCAGGAUCGUCUUCUCGGGUGCAUUCGCCGCAUCGGCAGUCAUUAUCUCCAAUACCCAAAGCCCGGCGCUUGUAAUAUUCAUCUGGAACCUCCUUGCUAUUGUGCCGCUGUCGAUCACGCUCACAGAAGCUACUGAGAGGAUCUCUAAGGAUUUGGGUGAGACCGCUGGCGCUCUCCUCAACAUCACCAUAGGGAAUCUAGCGGAGCUUAUUAUUUUCAUCACUGCUUUGAUGAAAAACAACAUUAAAGUAGUUCAAUCAUCACUCCUCGGGUCCAUCCUUGUGAACCUUCUGCUCGUCCUCGGGUCUGCAAUCAUAGCAGGCUGUAUCUCAAAGAGUGAUGUGACGUAUAACACUGAUCUCACACAGUCAUUUGUGGGACUUCUCAACCUCACAAUCUCUUGCCUCAUGAUACCAAGCGCUUUCUAUGGCAGCGUGAAGAGCGUCACUUCUGCUGAUCAUAUGUCAUUGUCCUUCAGCAGGGGGGUGUCCAUCAUCCUCCUCGGCACUUAUUUCUUAUACCUUUUCUUCCAGUUCAAAUCACACGCUCACUUGUUCCACUCUACACGGCUUCAAGUGCCACAUCCAACCGACCCUCAGCAAUAUACAGACGACCUCGAAUCACAUCCCACUCAGGUCGGAAGCGCAACGAGCAGAGAUAUUCGGCAGCUAGAGAUGCAAGAGCAAUGCCACUAUUUCACAACGAGCCAUCCGAAGGAAGAACGAGCCUCCACAGACAAACGGAGCCACCUAUCGGAGACUAUGGACCUCCUCGCCCUAUCAACAAUUCUCAUCGCCGUAUGCGCCGAAUACUUUUCCUCGAGCUUCUCAACGCUCAAUGACCAGGGCGUCCUCGGUGAAUCAUUCGUCGGUUUGAUCAUUAUUCCCAUCGCCGGAAAUGUGGCUGAGAAUGUUACUGCGGUUGUCGUGGCCUCAAAAAACCAAAUGGAUCUUGCUAUCAGUGUUGCUCUUGGAUCAGCCAUUCAAAUCGGUCUCUUGGUUUCACCUGCAAUGGUGCUUAUUGGCUGGGCUCUCGACAAACCUAUGACCUUGCACUUUGAUAGAUUCGAAAUGGUCACGCUGAUUGGAGCUGUUCUUUUGGUCGAUUUCAUCGUUCUCAAAGGAAAGACCAAUUAUUUGGAGGGGGCUAUCUUAUGUGCCUGCUUUGCGGCUAUUUCUGUUGGCGCAUACUUGUUGCCUCUCACAUGA